AGGAGAAGUUCUUCACGGCGAUGAAGAAGGACGGCUCCUACCGAACCCGGGACCAACUCACUUUCAAAUGGUGCCACAUCAACAAAAAAGUCCGAAAGUUUAUGGGAGUUUACGAGGAAUGCUCCCAGUCCCGGAGGAGCGGCACGAACGACGCCGAUGUUCUCCGGCUUGCCACGACCCGGUAUCAAGACGACGGGAACCAAGGCAAGGUGCCCAUCGAUCUUUGGAAGAUUUUGAGUCGUUCCCCGAAGUGGCAACAACUCAACAAUCCCGACGGCGGAUCAUUGCGGAAAAGAUCCACCGUCGCCGCCGAGGUUGAGGUCGACGAGACUAUCGGUUCUACCGAUCAAAUCCCUCCCUUCAACGUUGCGGAUUCCGAUGACGAGGACCCCAUUCCACGGCCGAUCGGAAGAAAGAAGGCAAAAUCCAUUGCCUCUGGUUCGGGAGGGUCCGCCUCUGUUUCCG